CAUCACCGUCAAAAACUUUGGCAGCGAUUUGUAAAAAAUUAUUUUGAAUUCGAUUCAAAUUUGAUAACCGACAUAGAUAAUACAUAAAUGUAACCGAUUUAUUUAGGAUUUAGCACUGAAGAUACUAUUAUAGGUCUAUGGGAUUUAGGCGGUAAUGCGCAUAGGGAGUUCAUAAUCAUAAGGGUUAGAUUAUCCACUAAUACAUAGCAGCGAACGGACAGAAGUCACGAUCUCUAAAUCGUGCUGUCUGUAGACACCCUAAGGAUAAAUAUUAAGUAUGUUUAUUAUCUAUGCUUAGGAAAUCGAAAGGAAAGUUUGAGAGCUCCGAAUUUUAAAAUUCAAUUUCUACAACGAAAAUAAUAACAAUUGUUAGCACACGAAUUCACUUUUCACAAAAUGAGAACUAAAAAUCCAAUGGCAAAAAAGCCUCAGCAAAUAUUGUUUUCAAAAAAUAUAUACAGCUCUUCAGUGAAAGUCGCAAACUGGGACUAUGCGACCCACGCAGAAAAAAAGGAUAAUUACGUUUAUAGAGAUAAAUUGAGUAACCACUUGAGUACAUAUGUACGUUGGGGAGAUGAUGAUCAAGGAGUUAAGACCACAGAAACUCGUUAUAUGCUGGCACAAAUUAGCACUAAAACUGAUCCGUUAUAUUUCUUUAGACCUCUGGUUAACUUUACUUCCUAUCCAUGCACAGAUACACCCGGUCGAAAUAAAUUGAUGAAGUGUGCCAAUUUGCCACAACUGCCGACGGAUUUCGGAGUUAUGGACUAUGUCAGCACACAAAAGAACGACUAUAGGAAUCCAUUCCCAUCCGUAAUAAAGCCGUUGACCAUGGGUUCGCCAAAAUGGCUCCUCAAUCGUGUUAUUCGAUCCCAUUUAACACAAAAUGGGGGAACGGCUCCACCACCCGGAGACUAUCAGUGUCUCGACACUCACACUCCCAUAGAUCAUAUACGGAAAAUGAAACUAUUCAGAUACCAAUCUUUCAACCCUGCUACGUGCGUUCAGGACUUUCCAACUAUUCAAAACUGAAAGUAAUGGUUACGAAUGACAAAAUUAUUUUAUUAAAAAUCAAAACAUGCAGAUCAUUACAGAAUAACGCAACAAAUAAACAAAAAUUAACAAAACCACUUUUAAAAAUUAAAUAAAUUUAGUUUUUCAAUACCAUACAACAACUUAAGUAUACAUUUGUAUUAGGUAUCAAUGUAAUUAAAUGCUUCUGCUUAACAUCCAAAAAAGGAUAACAUGAUAAAGAUUUAAUUGUAUUUUUCAUAAAAAUUUACCUUUUUGAGAGACUUCUAAAUAGAUAUAUCCUUUUUCGUUUGCUUGGCAUUUGCUAAUGCAAUCUAAUGUAUCAACUGUGUGCAGCAGCAUUUGUAUUUUUUUGUCUAUGGGCUUCAGGACUGCUUAACAUCAGGUUGUGAACCUGUCUGCCUAUUUACUGCUAUAUAAAAAGAAUAAUAAUCUAAAUAGUGAAAGUAACUACAACACAAUAAAUACAUUAAUGAAAAUUACAAUCUCAACCCAUUUAGAUUUUGGUACUACCCUGUUUUCUAUACAGAUACAUAUUACUUUCUUAAUAUACUUAUGUAUAACUAUUAUUUAUUAUUGAUGGCCGGAGAUCAUAAACGAAAAUAUGAAAUAUUGUUAUCAUUGUUUUUUCACAAGAUUUAAAUAAGGUAAUAAGGUAAAAUUAAUAUAACAACUAAAAUUAUAUAAGAAAAUAUAUAACGUAUUGUUAACUAAAUAUACCAUUAUUAGUCUUUUAUAUUUUUUAUAAAUUUAUUUGUCAUUAGUCUAAUUACUACUAACUGAAAGAACUACUGAAGAAAGUUACAAUAAUUGAAUUGAAAUUAAUCAAAAAGAUUUAAGGUUUUUCCAAAUUUUUGUACACUAUCUGUUUUAAGUUUGAUCAAUUUUUCUGUUUAUAAAACACAAUUGAAAAUUUAUAUUGACUUAACAAUAGUACAACUUGAUAAACAAUGUCAGUACAUUGUUUUUACAAAUACCAAAACUUAAAUGGAAUAAAUUAGCAUGGUGUCAUUGUCA